UCCCGGUGUCGGAUAUGUGUCGUGUCUGGUGUCCGUGUUUGUAUCCGUGCUUCAUAGAGCUUAAGUGUAUAUAUAUGUGAAGGGUGUAAUCUUUUAAUUUAUUUUUUUGAAUCUUCAUUUGAGCUUCAAUAUGUAUGUAUAAAGUUUUGCUGUUAUUGCUCUUGGAAAAGAAAAAUAAACAACUUUUUUCUUUUCACUUGAGACAUGCUUUAUGAGAAACAAACACAAUACUUUUCUGUGCACAGUUUCUAGUAAUAGUGGAUGAAGACCACAGUAAUGGUCCUAGUUUUGUGACAGACACACAUAAAUGCCUGCAUAUAAUGUUCAUUCAUCAUCAAAGUUUCUGGAAAUGUUUUGUUUACACUUUUGAACUUUUUUUAAGAAAAUUCUCUCUGACUAGUUCUUCUUCUAUUUUUGGUUUAGUAAAGUUUCCUCUGUUUUGACAAAUUUACUCAAACAAGAAACUAGUACUGUUUCUAUUUUAUUUUUUGAAAAGGCUAAAAUGUUAGUACAGUUGCUAUAUAUGGCUUGAAUCUAUGCAUACAAAAAGGCAGCAACAAAAUCUUGCAAGAUAAUAUUUUCAGAUCAUGGUUUGAAUUUCUAUUGUUGGUGUCAAAAUAUUCUUAGAAUAAGGUUUCCAUUAAUAUUUAGUGUUUGGAUAUUUAGAUCCACUUUUCAAAUUAUUUCUUCACAAAAUUAAAUAAUAUUAAUUCUCUUAAGCACAAACAGAAAGGGGAUUUAUUUUUGCAAUUGUUGUUUCCUAUUAGACUUGUUAGUCUCUAAAAUCAGUUAUAAACAAUUUACAAUUGUGUUAUGUAGCACUGACACUUCAGAUGGAAGACGUAUAUAGUGACUGACACGUAUUGGUGUCGGACACCAACAUAUGUACUUAUAUUCCAUCCUUUUAUUUUCUCAAAUUAUUACCGGUGCCGACAUAUCAAUAUGAGUAUCGUGUCUGAUAUUCAUGGCUUUGAAUGACUAACUUAAUAACAAUUGUAAACUGUUUCUUAACUGAUUUAACUAACUAACUAACAAAUCUAAUAAUGUCUGUUACAUUACAUUUACUAGGUCUAAAAUUUAAAGUCUUAUGAUCUCCUACACUUCAAUCUGAUUGAAGUCGUGUCUGGUGUUUGAGACUGACAUGACAUCGACAUAUGUUGCUACAUUCAAUUGUCGAAGUGUCAAUGUCUAGUUCAGUGUCUGUGCUUCAUAGUUUAUGAUCGUUAGAAACAAGCUUGAAUGGGAACAAAAAUUGAAUAUUCCAUAAAUCCUCUAGCAUACUCAAAAGAUUGCAACAACUUCACUGUGGUUGGUGUUGAUGCCUGGGAGCAUUAUCAGAACAAAGGAUUGAAAGUGAGUAACAAACAUUGCAGUAUUGGAGUUAAUAACUUGCAAAAUCCAAUGGAUAGAAUACUUGACAGAAACAACAUGGAAUCCAUUAGAAAGACAAUGCAGAUACAAGAGGACAUCUUCAAAAACCAGGUAAAGGAACUACAUAGAGUAUACAAUGUGCAAAAAAUGCUAAUGGAUGAACACAAAAAUGAAGGCAAUCAAAAUAAAUUUUGGACCCCUAUGAAUGGUAUAAACCAACCUUAUUUUGUUCAACAACAAAAACCAACACAAAUUUCAUUUAGCCAUGUCCAAAUUUUGAAAGAGGAAUUAUACAUAAAGGAAAGAAGUGGAAGUUGUUCAGGAGAAAUAAUCAAGAAAAGACAAAAAGAUUUUGAUCUUGAAAAGCCAGCAACAAGUGAUUGCGAUGAAGAUAUGGAAGUGGAUUUGACUUUAUGUAUAGGAAGCAAUGAAACUAAGAAUAAGAAGAAAAAAUCUUAUAUGCUUCCAAAUGGAAUGAAAACUAAGGAGUUAAAUUCUUAUCUCUCUUUUCAAUCAGAUAGAAUUGGAGAUUAUAGUGACCCCACUACACCAAUGAGCAGCUCUAGUGUUACAUUUGAUCAAGAUAAAAAGGGGCCACAUUGGCUUUCUCAAGGUUUAAAGCUUAAAUAGAAGAGACUUUAAUUUAUUUAACUUGUUUAAUUGUAUUAAUAUUAUUCCUAUUUACUAAACAUAUGGACCACUCAAUUUAUUAUAUAUGGUUCAUGUGAUGUGAUAAUAUUCCUAGAUGAGUUUUUUUACUUUAUUCCAAUAAAAUGGAUAACUUAUAUAUGAGUGUGUCACUUUCUGUAUAUAGAUAAGAGUUAGUAUCAAGUGAUUCUUAAAUUACUUUUA